UUCUUUUCAUGUUUGUUUUUGUUAGACCCUGGAUUGGGUUGUAGAUAACUUAGAUGCGAAGAUUGGAUUGUUGUCAUCGGGAGUAGCUUCAGUAUUUGCUUAGGUUAUUCUUGUAUCUGCUUUUAUUUAUUUUAUAAUCUAAUUUCAUCUCAUUAAAUUGUUCUUGUGGUUGAAACUCUUGGGUGGAUAGCUUGGAAUCUGUAGUUUUUUUUGUUUAAAACAUCUCAUAUGCAUGGGAUGUACCUUAAUCGGAUUGAAAACUGUGAUGGAUUUUACCAUUGGUACUGUUGGCAAUAGUGCUUAAAAAAAUAAUUUUUUAUAUAAAGGUUUUUUCUUUUCUCUGCGUUUUUUUUAAUCUCAUUACAUUAGAUUGAAUACUUUAGGAUUUGUUGGUUUAUGUAGGUUGGAAUGUGGAUAUAGUCUGAUGUUAUUCGUUUUUGCUCCCAAAUAUAUUAUUCAUUAAUUUUGUAGGAGAUGAUGGAUGAAGCUGUUGGGUUAGAAGGAAGUGUUGAAUGGGCUGAGCAAGAGGGGAGCUUUAAUAGUUGGCUCGAUAAGGUGCUUGCUUCUGAUGGGAUUGAGAGUCCUCGCAUGGUUGAGGAAGAGAAUAGACCUCGAGAUAGGCCCAAAGAGCCAGACUCAAAUUCCAAGAGGCAGAAGAUAGGUCCAUGCACUGACAAGACAGAGGAACCCAGUCCUCUGGGUUUGAUUUUACGCAUAACUCCAUCUUUCUUGGAUCUCAUGAUAGGAAGCUAUUCUCAAAGAAGACCACUCCUCUUAAUUGGACCCCAACUUCGGGUACUAGUUAUAGAAAAACAACAGACCAGAAAUGAAAUGAAUAUAACAUCCAACCCACAUUAA